AUGGCCGUCUACAAGGUCCCAUCUGGGUUGUGCCGUCGUGUGAUGAGGAAGAAGAAGCGCCAGCAGUUGAUCAAAAAAGGGCUUCUGCCACCGCAGCGCCGCCAGUGCACGUGCGGGUGCGACGAGACCGAGAUACAGAUCCAUCCGGCGGCGAUGAACGGGUUGAAUUAUAUGGACAAGAAGGAAGAGGAAGAGGAGGAUGAGUCAAAGAGCGAGGUGAUGAAGCUGGAGAAAGAGAUGUGGGAGAGGUUUUGCAGUACUGGGUUUUGGAGAAGCCCUUCCCAUAUGGAGUCCAUCCAACGGUAA